AUGGUUGAACGUGACUUCUACGUGAACGAUUUGAUGACAGGUAAAGACGAAGGCCAGGGGGCAGUUUAUUUGUUUCAACAGCUUACAGAGAUGCUAAAUAAAGGACAAUUUUAUUUUCGCAAGUUGAUCUCGAAUGACAGGACAGUAACAUCAGCCUUACAACAAUCUGAGAGUACUGACUAUCAUCACAUUAAGGUAUCUGAAUUAACGAAGGCUUUAGGUUUUAAUUGGAGCACUAAGGAAGAUAUAGUUUACUUCGUGUUGUGCAAAUUCUCUAGUCAACCACCUACAAAGCGUACUGUAAUUUCAGACAUCGCACGACUAUUUGAUCCAUUGGGUUGGUUAGCACCAGUCACAAUCAAGGCCAAAAUGAUGCUCCAAUGUCUUUGUACAAUUGGAACACCAUGGGAUGAAUUGUUACCUACAGUCAUUGCAGAACAAUGGAAAGGCUUUAGGGCUGAACUUCAAACAUUAACAGAAAUAAAAAUACCAUGUCAUGCUAUUGACAGAAAAUACCCACUUCAACUGCAUGGGUUUGCUAACGCAUCUGAACGAGCUUAUGCUGCUGUCGUGUACAGUAGGCAACAAAUUCAGGGAGAAGUUAUAAUCAAGAUACUCUGUGCAAAGAUUAAAGUGGCUCCAUUGAAGGUUGUGACUCUUCCUAGAUUAGAACUCUGUGCAACACAACUCUUAGCUAAGCUAAUGCAUCGAGUGAAUCAACAAUUGCAAAUAAAUAAAGAAAACAUUUUCGCUUGGUCAGAUUCAACUAUAGCUUUGUCUUCGAUUCAAAGUGAGUCUAGAAAUUGGAAAACUUUCGUGGCAAACUGA